CCCGGAGCCGCUGUCGUCAUCGUCAUAGAGAGAGUGGGGGGGGGGGGGGAGGAGGGGGUUCCAACGGCACGCGGCUGACGCGACGGUUUGUAAACAGACGCUGACACGUGAUGCGAAGAGUCCCGCAUUGUCUCGGAGAUCUUUCUGGAGAGCGGCAGCAACAACAACAACUUACCGCCGCCGAGUAGCGCCACGGCCGUCCACCGAUGGCUCUGGAUGGUGGAGCACUCUGAGCUGCAGGGAGGAGAAGAAGAAGAAGAAGACGGAGGUGGUGGUGGCGGCGCAACCCUUUCGACCAAGAUGGCUGGUCCAGCUCCCAACUUGUAACGGAUGAGGAUCGUGCUGCCUUGUUCUCCAGCCAUCGGACGGAGUAGACGAUGUCGUUCGCCGCGGAGGACAACUUGGAGUCCGACUGGGUGGCCGUCCGACCCAACGCCUUCGACGAGAAGGUAAAACACAGGUUUGUUUUCAUCGUGGCCUGGAAUGAAGUGGAAGGAAAGUUUGCCAUUACGUGUCACAACAGGACGGUGCAGAGGAAGAAAAUCGGGGCCCGGGACCAUGGUGCAAGAGGAGAAGAGGAGGUCCAGGUGCCACAGGACGUCUUGGUCAAGAGUCCGGUUAGAUCCUCUGCUAGGGUCAAGAGUCCAUCUCGGAAAGUGGUUGGGGCCAGAAGACCAUCUCGAGGAGGGACCAGCAGCAGGAGUCCACCUCCAGGAGAAACUGGAACCAAGAGUCCAGAGGUUUCUGAGAUCCCUUUGGAAGAUGGCAAAGUGGUAGACCCUACCCUUACUCAAGAUUCUGAUCAAGUGGACCGGGAUCAAGAUAAAGAUGUUAUGGACCUGGAUGACAGCAGUUGGGCUGGACUGUUCUCCUUCCAGGAUUUGAGAUCUAUCCAUCAACAACUUUGUGCUGUCAAUUCAGAGUUGGAGCCUUGUUUACCGAUAUUUCCUGAAGAGCCUUCUGGGAUGUGGUCAGUGCUGUUUGGAGCCUCUGAAUUGAUUGAUGAAGAGAUGGACGUGCUUUGCUACCAGCUUCAAGUUUAUCUUAGCCAUGCUCUGGAUAUUUGUGGAUGGAAAAUCCUCUCUCAUCUCUUGUUUACUGAAAAUGACAACCCAGAUGAGUAUUAUGAGAGUUUGAGUGAACUGAGGCAAAAAGGAUACGAAGAGGUACUGCAGAGAGCGAAAAAACGGUUACACGAGCUGCUGGAGAAACACAAGAUUACAGAUGCUAUGGUGGAACUGUUAGAACUGUACCAAGAAGAAGAUGAUGCUUGUGCUGCUAUGUCUGAAGCAAUCACAGAACUCUAUCAAUAUCUACUGCAGCCGUUCAGAGAUAUGAGAGAGCUGGCCAUGCUGAGACGUCAGCAGAUAAAGAUCUCACUGGAGAAUGAUUAUCUUGGUCCACGCAGAAUUGAAAGUUUGAAGAAAGAAGAUUCGGAUUGGCAAAGAAAAGCCCAAAGAGCUGUGCUGUCUAUACAGGAUUUGACAGUGAAGUACUUUGAGAUCACAGCCAAAGCUCACAAAGCUGUAUAUGAUCGGAUGCGUGCUGACCAGAAGAAAUGCGGGAAAGCAGCCUGGGCCAUAGCAGUGGGCAGAAUGGAAAAGCUUCAAUAUGCGGUCGCAAAGGAAACCCUGCAGCUUAUGCGAGCCAAAGAGAUUUGUUUGGAGCAGAAAAAGCGGACACUUAAGGAUGAAAUGCAGAGCCUUCAGAAUAGCACCGAUGCCAUUGCAUGGCUGGAUCGGCUAGAGGCUGACUAUUACGAUAUACAGCUUCAGUUGUAUGAGGUGCAGUUCGAGAUCCUGAAAUGUGAGGAACUAUUGAUAACAGCACAACUUGAAAGCAUUAAGAGGCUCAUUACAGAGAAACGAGAAGAAGUUGUCUACUAUGACACCUACGAAAGCAUGGAAGCCAUGAAAUCAACAGACACGGCUUCGUCAGUGCUCCCACAGAAAGUGGAGCUGGUGAAACUGCAGCAGAAGGUGCGUCAGCUUGAGGCUAGACGUAGUCGCAUUUCAGCCAAGAAAGCCUACCUCAGAAACAAAAAGGAGAUUUGUAUUGAAAGCCACAACGACAAGAUGAAGCAGCACAAACAAAGUGAAGAUUACAAAUCCCGUAGUGCAGAGCAGCUGAUGCGUGAUCAACAACAGGAGGAAGACAGAACUAGUAAAUGGGUUUGCCAAGAGCGGCAGAAAACAUUGGAUAGAUUGCGAAACUUUAAACAGAGACAUACUGGGCAAGUUGUACUUAAAUCGACAAGACUGCGAUUCACAAAUAUCAGAAGGAGAGAUAAUACUGGUUCGGUGGCUUGUGCCGGCAAAGAUCAAACAUUGUCUCUUCCUGGAACCUUAAAAUUACAAGCUGCUGAGGAAACCUCACUUACAGAAAAGGGGACAAAAUCCACUGGAGCAACAGAAUUGGAAAGCAGAGCGCAAAAACAGGAGACUUUGCAGACAGAAGAGGAUUUGUUGCAAGCUGUUCCGAGCCCGUGUGCGGAAAAGUCCAGUGACAUUGAUGUUGUGCCUCCACCACCUCCACCUCCUCUGCCAGCUCCACCGCCACCACCAACGUCAGUGUGUGAGGAACCGCCUGAGACUCAGCCUCAAGUGGAGAAAUCUGCUCAGCCCGGUGACUGCAAAGAAAUAUCGCAGAGCUUCAGUUUACCAACACCCCAGUUAUUUGAUAGCAAGCAGUUACUAAAUGCCAGAAAAAAAUUAAAGAAAACUGCAUCGAGUGAUGAACUGAAAAAACAAAGAGUGAGCUCACCGAUGGAUGAAGUCCUAGCUUCCCUGAAGCGUGGUAGCUUCCAUUUGCGAAAGGUUGACCUACGCUCUUUGCCUCCAUUUCCGGGUGAAGAUGACAGCAAUAAUAUACUUGCACAAAUUAGGAAAGGAGUGAAGUUAAAAAAGGUUCAGAGGUUUGCCCUGAGAGCGGCAUCCAUAGAUCUGCAUGAUGCGGAUCCUCUAACACGCAGCAUCCACGAGGCGUUGAGGAGAAUUAAAGAGGCGUCCCCCGAAUCAGAUGAUGAUGAGGACGAAGGUCUACCAUAUGCGGAAUGGGACAACUAACUCCUUGGCCAAGGCUUUCUACAGCAUACAUUUUUAAACAUAACCUCUGGUUCCUCCAAUGUGCUGUUCACUUUUGAUGGUCCUGUAGAUGAGUGGGUGGUCCCUGUUUAACAGCGAGGUGUCCCCCUUGAACUUGUGCCUAAUAUGGAGUCAAUUCAUGUCUACACUAAUGGGCAGCAUAUUUCCACUAACAGAUGGAAAGUUUUGUGGCAUUGGUCUGGUCAAAUGAUACUUUUUUAGUGGUUAUGACUGAGUUCUCGUGUCCAUUAGAUUUACAUGCAUAUUCCCGCCAUUAAUAACUGUCGAUACUAACUGAAGAGGAUCAAGAAAAUAAAUUAAUCGGUUUUAAAAAUAAA